AUUGACUCCCUUGGGGUUGGGGACCCUACCGGGCUGUCCAGGCUGUACGCAGCACAGUGCUUUUGUUCUGAGAUGAAUGCUUAAGUCCGCCCAGGGAGGGGGUUCAGGGAAACCGUUGGAGUCGCCUGUGUUUUUGUUGGGAGGACGGAAUCACGUGAAAAACAAUGAGGUAGAGUGUAGCAAGUGUCAGGAAGAGACUGAGAAGUGGGGGCUUCUGGAAAGUGCUGGAUUCUCCCAGUGUCACCAACAGAGAGAGAAUGAGACUGCAAGUGGGGGCGGGCUGCACUUGCUGAGUCUUGAGCUAGCGACGCGCAGAGGUGCGGGGAGGAGCGAGCCCAGGAAGGAAGAGGAAGGAGGGAAGAAAGGAAAGAUCGCCAAGAAAGUCCUUAGGACAAGGAGGAUACAGAGCACUCGACGGCAAUAGAAGAAAACUCAACAGCGUCAUGGCCUCAGUGUCCACUCAUGGGAACCAAGAGAAAAGCCCCCACUUGCCGCCACUGAGCAAGCAGAGCCUGUUGUUUUGCCCCAAAUCAAAACUGCACAUCCACAGAGGAGAGAUUGCCAAGAUUAUCAGAGAGUGUCAAGAAGAGAGUUUCUGGAAGAGAGCCCUGCCUUUUUCUCUUAUAAGCAUGCUUGUCACCCAGGGACUCGUCCACCAAGGUUAUUUAGCCGCUAAUCCAAGAUUUGGAUCAUUGCCUAAAGUUGCAUUGGCUGGUCUCUUGGGAUUUGGCCUUGGGAAGGCUUCCUAUAUAAGAGUGUGCCAGAGUAAAUUCCAUUCCUUUGAAGAUCAGCUCCGUGGUGCUGGCUUUGGUCCUGAGCAUAACAGGCACUGCCUGCUCACCUGUGAGGACUGUAAAACCAGGCGUGGAUUAAGCGAGAAGGCAGGGUCACAGCCAUCUGCUUCUUAAACCGAGUCUGUGGUUUCCAACCGUUUUUAAACCUCUGACUUUGUACACAUUUAAAAUUUCAAGUGUACCUUAAAAUAAUAUACUUCUAUUGAAACAGAAACCUGUAAUUCUCUCACCCCUUUGAAAUGCUUGCUGGAGAAGGCUCUCGAUUGACAUGAGCGUGGCGUAUUCUUGGCUUCAUUGGGAGCUAUCACACACUACACAGGAAAGAAGUUACACCCUGCCUUGCUUAGAGCUUCCUGGGAGAUCUUUGAAUAGCUUCUGGGUCUUCAUUCCCUGCACCCCCGCACCCCCCCCCCAGUUCGCUCACUCUCAUUUAAUUUUUAUUUUCAGCAUUUUAAGUUUCCUGGUAGAGAACAGGAAUGAGUGAUGUGGAAGUUGGUUGGGAAGUCAAGACCCAUAGAAAACUCAUGUCUAUGGAACUAGAAAUUCAAGAAAGGUUGUGUUUUAGUAUUGGAAGCCCAUUCUGAGGUCUAGAGCUGAGUGAGGUCUGUAAUUGGAAAACAUUUCCUGUGAAAGGGUCACCAUUCAAACCUAGGUGGUCAACAGUGUAAUCAAUGUGACUUGGUGGCUCAUCACAAUGGUGGAGCUAUAAAAGUGACCAUCAUCUAUCCGUAGGUGACCUGCUUGGCUCAUGGGUCCAUUCUCAUGGUCAGCACUCAACAGUGGGUUCUUUUACCCAUUAUUAGUGGCCUCAAAUAAAAAAAGACAUCUUCUUAACUUGGUCCCCCAGACCACAGCUUCCUGGAAGGAACAAUGUAGGACUGAAUUAAUUCUAAAAAUAAGAAACUCUGGGGCUGGAGAGAUGGCUCAGCACUGACUGCUCUUCCAGAGGUUCUGAGUUCAAUUCCCAGCAACCACAUGGUGGCUCACAACCAUCUGUAAUGGGAUCUGAUGCCCUCUUCUGGUAUGUCUGAAGAGAGCAACAGUGUACUCACAUAAAAUAAAUAAAUCUAAUAAAAUAAAAUAAAAUAGAGAAACUCUGGGAACCUUUGGGAUCGGAGGCAGCCAAUGCAGUGGUGUGAGCUGGACUCCUUCUCCAGCUGAGUCUGUUCAUGGGAAGUUUGGUCCUCCCUUUUUAGAACCCUUUGCUUAAUUUAAGUUAGCUGAGCACUGUGUGAAAGCUGUCCUUGCAUCUUUGCAGCCUCUCAGGAAAAUGCUUUGUCUACACAUCACCAUUUAAAUAUGGGGUGUGUGGUGUGUGUGUGGGGUGGGGGGAGUGUCUCUGUGUGUGUGUGUGCGUGCGUGCUUUUACUCAGCACAUCUGCAAGCCUAAAUCAUGGAGGUAAAAAAGGGAAAUUUCACUAAAGGUGAAAUUCCAUUUGAUGUGAAAUAUUUCAUUUUGAACAUCAAAAAUAUUUUUGUGUGAACACUGAACGAAUUUGCCUGCGUUGAUUUUUUAUAUGACAUACCCUGUUUGACAGUCAAUAAAAUUCUAUUUCUGAAAAAUCA